CCUGAGCUAAAUGGGAAGACCAUAGAGGAAGCUCAAUCAAUGCUGGAAGUUCAAAUGCCUGGCACCUGCAUUCGUCAGCUGGAGACGCCAGUGCCUUCAGAAUAUUACUACGGUUGUGUGGGCAUCGUAGUGAAGGAGGGGAUAGUGCAGAACCCACCCCACUACAUGGGGCAAGUUCCAAUAUACGAUGACUUCAAAGUAUUUAUUAACCAGCCGUAUGAGAACUUAAUUGAAGACGCCAAGACGACCCAUCUCGGUUACAAGUUUCAAGUCCUCUACCAAGGACAGGCGGUGUACAGCGACAAGGUGGACGGGGAGGGCUACAUCGAGGUGGGGGUCGACGAGGCUGGAAACGUCUUGAUCGUCUCCCCAUUUGGAGAUUCACCUAAAUACGAAAAUUUUAUAAAAUUUAUUAUUCCUUGUUUAUAUUCGCGAAACAUAUUUUUUGUAUUUUCACAAUAUUAAUCUAUAAGGAAACGUUAGAUGUAGUGAUGGUACAGAGGUUUAGGCAUUAAAUUAUGAGACUACCAACGUAAAAUAUUGCACAAUCAUUUAUUCACACACCUAUUGAACAUAUUUUAAUAUUGCACGUUUUAAAAAUGUAUCCAAACUCCAUUGUAUAAUUAAUCAGUUGAAAUCUGUCGAAAUCAGAUAAUUUUUCAAGCGAGGAACGGUUGCAUGCAUGCAGAAUCGAUCUGUUACGUUAUAUUUAUUCAUACUCGUUUGCAUAAGAGUAGUGCACUAAAUAUUAUAUAUUUAAUAAAGAGUUUGAAAAUAAUAAUACAA